AUGCCCUGCCUAUCAGGGCCUCAGGGGGGCGAAUCACCAGCACUGGACCCCUCUUCCUGCUGGGUGAAGACAGUUGGCGCUCUCACCACUCUCAGUUACCAUCCAGCCCUCUGCAUUUUCUUCAACAACACUGCUGCCCUAGGCCUCUACUAUGAGCAAGUUCCGUCGAUCAGUGACCUCCAGGUCUUCUCCGGUAAGGCCAGUUCCUCGACCAGUAAUUUACGCGUGGAACCAUCUACAACUGACCAGGGAAACAGAGACUACAACCGAAUAGCCGGGAGUCAACUCACUCUUGGCAGUCCCAUUCGACUCUGCCUGGUGCUGUACGAUAUGCAGGCGGGAGAUCUGAGUGCCGAUCCGCCGUGUCAUUUGGCAGCUCAGCCUUUGCAAUUGCCUGCAGCACCCUUCUCGUUUCGUCUGCAUCCGGUAAAGCCAAGGCCCGACGGCAUCCCUGAAAGAUGGGUCCAGACUGAACGCCAGGUCGUACCUUUUGAGCAACCCAGCGACUGA